AUGGCACAGUUGCUCGAUGUUCCGGAUGAGGAGAGGCUGGACCCCGGAAACCCGGACGAAAUUGGGAUAUUUCUGGGCGACAACAGGGGACAGGCCUGGGACGGCGUGGCGAAGAACGAAUCCCACCUGCACGGGCCGAAGCUGACUUUGUGGCGGCUAUGUCGUUUCAUGGAGUACCUGUUCAACGAGACAGAGGACCAAGCGAAGAAAAUGCGGGAAGGUCGUCAGAUGCAUGCGGGGAAAGUGCCGAAGGCUUGCACACCUUCCAUGCUGAAGGCGAAGAUGAACGCGAUGAGUUGUCUCGGAGAGAUCGAAGGACGCCUUUUCAGCUACUCUCCCUCUCGUGUGACGGACAUGACGAGGGAGGCAAGGGGUUUGCUUCGAAUCAAGCUAGCCAACCUCAGCAACAAGCAGAUCGACGAGGGUUUUGAACAGACGCGCGGAUCACUGAACGACGUGUACACAGCAGCGCAGUACAGGGAUCUGUUCCACAAGGUUCUGCCCGAAUGGAGGACAACAUACUUCCGCGCCAGCGUGCAUUUCCUAUCCGAGGGAUUGUGGAGGGUUCUGGCAGUGUCCGUCAUGAUCAUGCUGGCGCAUCAGAUGCUGGGCAGAGGGUGCAGUAUCCGCUCCCUACGAUUUGCCAACAUGUACGUCUACGAGACUCGCAGCACUUCUCUCCACGACGAGUUUCUAGACCUUCCAGUCAUGGUGUUCGUUUCUCGACAGACGAAGAACAAUCCCACGAACCGUUUGUCCCACCAGUAUGUGGCCAGGCACAUCGACUACAGGCGGUGCGGAUACGGUGGUGUCUUUCUGUGGAUCCAUUUCCUGUACGACCUUGUCGAGGGUCUCAGCGACGACCGGUGCCCUGACGCCCUCAUUGCGAAGCUGGGAGGAUGGGAGCAGGGAGAGAUGCGGAGGUCGUACCUGUUGGGCGUGCCUUUCGAGCCGGUGCUUUUGAUGGCGGGCUUUUCUGGCGAUCCCGGGGACUACUACAUCGGCAGAGCACAUGCCAGACUAGCGGACGACACCGAGUGGGAAGAACUCCAAGAAUUGUUCCGAAAGCACAUCUACCCAUGGCUCGAAGAGGAGAUGACCAAGGAUGCCAUCUACCGACUCCAAGGAACCCAGAAGAUGACCAAGCUGCAACUCCAAAACCAGGAGCUCAUGGAGAAUGCGGGAAGGCUGACGGCGGAGAACGGUCAGUUGAGGAUGGAGAACAAGAGUCUUCACGAAGAGCUUGAGCUGGUGAAAGCGGCGUUGGCGGCAUUGCAACGGGGUGACGACGCUCCGCCCUGUGUUGCGUCGAACGGAGGGUCUGCCGAUCCAAAGACGGAGGUUUGCGACGAGAAGCCCGUGGUGGAAACUAAACAACGAGAGGCUCAGAGGCUGUAUUUCGCGGCUGUCCUCGCCCCAUGGCUCACAUGCAGCACGCUCUCGGACGCGUGGAAGCUUUGGGACCGGGGCACUGGUAGGAUGGACGGCAGGACCAUCCGCGAUCUGGCGAAGUCUGGAGACUUUCUCGCAACGUACUCCGAGUAUGGGAACCAGACACUUCCCAAAAACACGCGUUCCAAGCAGUUGGGCCGAAGGAGGAAUCAGAUGCUCACCAUCGACAGUUUGCGACCAGAUGACUCUGAAGCCGCGACUGCCUAUGCGUUGGAGCUCGGUGACUGGUUGCUAGGGCAGUCAUCGGAGAGCUCGUGA